CCAUGUUCCACCACAAGAAUGUCGUCCAUGCGAUCUUGAACGAGAGCGAUCCGAUCGGGCAGGUCGUGCCCAUCGUCAUCUACAUCUCGCAAGAGAGCGACUUGACAUGGUUCAACGAGACGUCGCCGGACCCGACGUACUUUGAGCAAAUAGUAGAACGGCUGCAAAGUCCGGACGAAUGGCCCGCUGUACGGGCGCAGGUCCUUGCGUUAGAUCAACCGACGACCAAGAAGGUGGACGCGACCGGCCUCCGAGAAUGCGUUCUCCCGCGAAUCAAGUUUGCGUAUGAAGUGCGACGCAACUCGCGAGGGUACAACGUCUUGUUGUCUCAAUCCAAGUCAAAUUUUGCCCCCCGUUCGAUGGCGUCGUUUGAAGUGGCAGUGUGGUGCUUCCCGAACGACACCACUGUGAACGCGUCGUCGCCCAGUCGAGCUGCAAGUUUACCCAGUCCUUUGCCCAACGCAAUUACCAUCGACGACGAUUAACCAUGUCCUAACUACGUUGGUCGGCUUCUGGAUCCUGCCAUGCCAGCAACAAGCAGUUCUCCAAACUCUCGUCUUGCUCGCAGUAGUGCACCAAUUCAGCGCGAACGCCUCGCUCGCGCAAGUAGUGCACUCGUCCCAUGUCAAGAAGUCGCUUGCAUUGCCGCCCCAAUUGCGUUCGGUCGGCCCGGCUAGACACACCAUCUUAGUCCGGGCCAGUCCGGCCAUGAGAGAAUGGAAACACGGCGCGUACUUGAGUCCCAGGACGCUCUCGACAGCUCCACCAUCCGUGGACAUGCCGCACGUCGCCCAUCCAGACAGCG